CUUUUUCAUUAUCCACAUAUCCUUAGCUCUUUUACACUUCUCUUUUUUGUUUUCUCAGCUCGCUUCUAUCGCAUUAGUCUUAUUAGCAGACAACCAGCAGGAUUUUAAUACACACUUACACUUACACAGCCUCCAAUCGACAGCAACAAACAAAAAUAACAAAACAUGUCUGACCAGUUCAAGAUCGAGUCUGUCCCCAUCUCCCGCCGCGACAGCUUCAACACCCGUGACACACGCACCAGAAACCUCAAGCCCUUUAACAGCGGCGACAUCAAGAUCCUGCUGCUCGAGAAUGUCAGCGCCAAGGCUAUCGAUAUUCUGAAGAAGGCCGGCUACCAGGUCGAGUUCCACACAAAGGCGCUUGACAAAGAGACUCUCAUUGAGAAGAUCAAGGACGUGCACGCCGUCGGCAUCAGAAGCAAGACGAAGCUCACAGAAGAGGUGCUUUCGCACGCAAACAAGCUGCUCACCAUUGGCUGCUUCUGCAUUGGCACAAAUCAGGUCGAUUUGAGCUACGCUGCGUCCCGCGGGAUUUGCGUGUUCAACUCGCCGUUCAGCAACAGCCGCAGUGUGGCCGAGCUGGUCAUCGCCGAGAUUAUCCUGCUGUCCAGGCAGCUAGGCGACCGCUCCCGCGAGAUGCACGAAGGCGUGUGGAACAAGGUGUCCAAGGCGUGCUAUGAGAUCCGUGGCAAGACGCUGGGCAUUAUCGGAUAUGGCCACAUCGGUACCCAGCUCGGCGUGCUGGCUGAAUCCCUCGGCAUGAACGUUGUGUGGUAUGAUAUCCUCCCGGCUAUGCCUAUUGGCAUGAGCCGCACGGCCGAGACCUUGGACGAGCUACUUGCAGAGGCUGACUUUGUCUCCCUCCACGUUCCUGAGACCCCUGAGACUACAGAGAUGAUCGGCGAGCGCGAACUUGCCCUGAUGAAGAAGGGCUCGUAUCUGAUCAAUGCGUCGCGCGGAACCGUCGUUGACAUUGAUGCUCUUGCUGCCGCCCUCAAGUCGGGCCACCUUGCAGGAUCCGCCGUCGACGUGUAUCCCUCGGAGCCCCUGGCCAACGGCCCCGGAUUCGAGAGCCCCCUGCGCAACUGCCCCAACACCCUGUUGACCCCACACAUUGGUGGCUCGACCGAAGAGGCCCAGCGCAUGAUCGGUAUUGAGGUGGCCCAGGCCAUUGUCAAGUACAUCAACUCGGGUGCCUCCGUCAACGCUGUCAACUUUGCGGAGUGCGACCUGCGCGCUAUCCCCUCGACCGAUCUUGCCACGGUCCGCAUUGUAAAUGUUCACCAGAACGUUCCCGGUGUGCUCAGACAGAUCAACAACAUCCUUGCCGACUACAACGUCAACAAGCAGAUCUCCGACUCUAAGGGCGACGUCGCCUACUUUAUGGCCGACGUUACUGUCAACAACCCCAACGAGAUCAACACCAUCUACGAGCAUAUCACUGGCAUCACUGAGAACAUUAUUACCCGCGUUCUCUUCUAAUUUUUUUAGUUCUUCGUCGCAAUAUAUACAUAAUUAUUUCUAGUGUU